AAAGUGCUCAAGGGGCAGCACGGAAGUGAGUGUGAGGUUGGAGGUUAGCAGCGAAACUACCCAUUUACCUUGAGAUAUCAGGUAAUAUUCAGUGAUAUAUGAUAUAUAUUAUUCACAUAUAUAUUAACUAUAACAACCCGCCAGACAUGAACAGUGUGGGGGAAGCGUGCACGGAGCUGAAGCGGGAGUACGACCAGUGUUUUAACCGAUGGUUCGCGGAGAGCUUCUUGAAGGGAGAACGAAGCGGGGAGCCGUGCGGGGACAGCUUCAAGCGGUACCAGCUGUGCGUGCAGCGGGCCAUUAAGGAGAAGGACAUCCCGGUGGACGGAGUGGACUUCAUGGGACCCAACAAAGACAAGCCUGAGAGCUGAACUGCUGCAGCCUUUUCUAACCGCGCAUGCGCAACAUGCUUCGCCAUACAAUGAGACUAUUUCUUCUACAUUCUGCCCACCGCAACAUGCGUUACAAUUAUAUCGUUUGGUGCUGGUGUGAAAGACUAAUCCCGCCAAACUGCAGGGAGAUGACAACAUGUGUGUAACACCAUUCAUAUCUGUAUCGUAAUGUUUUACAAGGAGGAGGACACCAACAUAACUGGAGCCUGAGGGACUUAUCAGAACACUGACUUAAAUGUUCCGUUUUGAGCUCGAAGAGGGGUCAGGGUCAGAUUGAUGUCUCCUUUAGGUAGAUGGGGUGUCUCCUAAAGGAGGAGGUCACUGCUCUGAGCCUCCUUGGAAUGGAUAAUAAGUGUGUUCCUAAGUUGGAGGGACAGUCUGCAGUCUGGCAUCAUUAAACCAUCCGUCAGAAGCUUCCGUGUUGUGGUCAAAUUUUAAUAAAGCCUUGCUAUGAGUUUGUC